GCCUCGCCUCGCCUCGCCUCGUUGCCGUACGAGCUUAUCUCUCAGAGCAUCGGGCUCGGGGCGAAGGAAAGGCUCGGUCGGAUCGUCCCCUUUGUUCCUCGACGGUCUGAAGGUUCUAGGUGCUCGGCCUUGACGUCCGUCCAAUGAGGUCUUUUCUUUCAAGGAGGCAAGCUGUGCUCAUCGUCGCUUUCUCCUUCUCCUGCACCCUUUUCCACUUUGCUCGGCCGGCCCGUAACGCUGCUUAACCGUAUUCAAUGAUGUCUGACGCCCCCACGGAUCGUCAUGACCGCACGAUCAAACCGCUCGGUACUGCACGCCGACCUGCUCGAUCACGAACACCGACGCCUUCCAAUCCUCACCCGGGACAUGCACGUCCGCCCCUGCCCACUUUUGGGCACACUUCGACACCCUCGUCCUCUUCGUCUUCACUCUCGUUUGCCAAUCCCACCUCGAACAUGGGUCCAUUUGCAAUCCGGUCGUCGGCCGUCCCCUCGCCAUCUUCAUCUUCGAACUCCUCGUCCUUGCGACGGAACACGGAACGGCGGCCAUGGUUCCCAUAUCCUCCUCUGACCCAGUCUCAGUCCCAACCUCAAGUCUUGUCAUCGCCGUCGCCGUUGGUGCCCGCCGGUGACUUGCCCCAGGCCCGAAGAACAUCUACUGUCUCAAAUUCUUCGUCGUCUUCGUCCAACUCCUCGCUGUCCUCCUCCUUCGACUCGAACGCUUCGUCUUCUUGGGGAGACGGCCCGCCGCGCUGGCCUCAACACGUGCAGCAGCUUCAGCGAGAGCAGCGGGAUCGGCGAGCAUUUAGUGCCGAGCCCGAAGACUGGAGCACGUCGGUGUCGAGAGGCAGACUCCCAAGACCCAAGAUGACUUCGAUUCUGGACGAUGUAGGCCGUGCAAAGGCUGCUCGGGCCGCUGCGACUUCAACAAUAACUUCAACGGCAGGACCUUCGAAUUCAAGGGGAAGAGAGCCUCAGACGAUGGGCGAAAUCGGAUCGAGCAGCGAUGAACAACAGCUGCAUCGGCCGCAAGGCGCAACAGGUGGAGCUGCGAGCGACGAAGAAAAGGAACGAGCGCACUUCCAGAGUGUGCUGAGGGCCUUUGAUGCUUAUCUUUCGCAUUCGCUUGCCAUCAACAACACGCGGCGAAGAUCAUUUUAUGCGCUUCCGCGGUCACACCGGCUGCUACUCUCAUCCUUGGGGCCCCCCUUGCCUGGGCCGGUCCUACCAGAGAGAAAUGCUGGGGCCGACGAGGAAGCGGCCAUAGACGGAGAGGUCGGAGCCACUCGGCUGAACGAAAAGGGUGAGGCUGCCAAAAGAGGAAGGACGAGCACCCGAGGUUCGUCCCUCUCGUCCUCGCCGUCUGUUGCGGAUACGUCGAAGGAGACCCUCCCCAACGGUCCGCUGAGUCUAGGUGGAAGAGGAUUCAAGGCGAGAUUGGACGAGGUUGACGAUCGGAUCCGGCGAAAUGCAGACGUUCUCGCGCAGAUCGUCGAUGACUCCAGAGGCUUCCUGACCGGCGGUGAGGUGGAAGUGGAAGAAGGAGAAGGAAGCAGUGCCCUUGGGGAGGGCUCGGGCGGCACGUUAAGCGAGAAAUCAAACCAAGACCAGAUAACGGGCCAGAGCGACGGAGAGGCGGAGUCUGCCGAUCCACCAACAAGGUCAGACGAUUCAGUUUCUCAUACGAACGCAAGGAUGAAGUCGAGCUCGAGGACGCGCAGGGCUAGGCUGGCAGGCUCCGGCUCCGGCUCCGGCUCCGGCUCCGGCUCGGGAUCAGGAUCAGGAUCAGGUUCGGGAUCAGGGUCAGGUUCGGGAGGAUCGGGCUCUGGCUCUACGAUAAAAGCGCGGAAGAGGACGCGAUCGACGCCGAGGGUACCGGAUCACGACCUCGACAAAGUGCGGAGCACCAUCAAGCAGUUUGUGCGCGAUUGGAGCGAGGAAGGUGCCGGAGAGCGAGAGGCUGCGUAUGGGGCCAUCCUGGAUGCACUCGACACACGCUUUGCGAAGGUGCCCUCGGCCCAACGCAACCAAAUUCGCGUGCUAGUGCCCGGCGCUGGUCUGGGCAGGCUCGCCUUUGAGAUUGCCUGGAUGGGUUUCAGCUGCCAGGGCAAUGAAUUCAGCUUCUACAUGCUUCUCGCUUCACAUUUCAUCCUCAACAAGACGACACGACCUCGCGAACACAUGAUCUACCCUUUCAUCCACUCGUCGUCCAACUGGCGGGGCGCAGUGGACAUGCUGAGACCCGUCGCGAUCCCCGAUAUCAAUCCCUCAGAUCUGCCUUCGCACGUUGAUUUUUCAAUGGUUGCCGGUGAAUUCAUCGAAGUGUACAGCAAGCCAGAGGAACGCGAGGUCUGGGACGCCGUGGCCACAUGCUUUUUCAUCGACACGGCCAGGAAUCUCGCGCGGUACCUGGAGGUCAUCAACCAUGUCCUACCCAUUGGCGGUACAUGGAUCAAUGUAGGCCCUCUGCUCUGGCACUACGAGGGCGCAACAAGCGGCGGCGAGCUCAGCAUCGAACUGACGCUCGACGAAGUAUACGAUCUUAUCGCCCUGAUGGGCUUCGAAGUGGAGCGGCGUCAAACGCUCGGCCCGCAACCUUACACGGCAAACCACGGCUCGAUGCUCUCGUACCUCUAUGCGCCCGAGUUCUUCGUCGUGAAAAAGGUGAAGGCGAUUGCACCAGCACCCAACGUUUAAUAUAGAGCACCAUCACCAUUGUACUGUAUUAUUCCAUCU